GGGAGUGGUGUCGGGGAAGGGGGGGGAAACCUGGGCAGCGGCCGGGCUCUGUGGCUUCAGGGCUCGGAGAGAGAGAGGGAGAGGGAGGGUGGCAAAGAUAGUGAGUCGGUACCGCCGCCUGUCUGAGGAGAGAGGAGGGGUCCCGCUUGCCAGUGCCCUUCGAGGGCCGAGAGCGCGAGGCACCCGCGAACCUCUGAGGCCUCCCGGCCCCUGGGGACCCCGCCCCGCCGCCGGCCGGCCGGCCCGCGGCCUCUCUUCCCUUUGUGAGCGCCCCCUUCCCAGGGGUGGUGGUGGUGGCGGAGAACUGUGCGUGGGCCCGCCCGCCGAGGGGCCGUGGCGGGGGACGAGAGGGCCUCGGCUGUGUGAGGACGGAAGGCGGCCGAGGCCCGGGCCGGUUCCCCCGAGGCGGCGGCGGCGGCGGCUCCCAGCACUUCCCCGCGCCAUCUUAGCUGAGUCCAAGCUCUGAGGGCGCCUCCUCGACCCCGGUCGUCCCCUCGCCCCCUCCCCCCCCGCCCCUUGUCGCAGAGCUUGGGCUGGGCGGCUUGCUGGGGCUGGGGGGGGGGCGGCGGUCGGUCGCCAGGCCCCCUCCUCCUUCUCACUCCUCGUCCUCCAGCGUAGCGGCUACCCGAGCGCCGCAGGGGGCUGCGCCUGCCUACUCCGCCCCAGACCUGUCGGCGAAAGGUAAUACCAGUGGUUUGAAACGUAGACAAUUUGAUGCUGUCCAACAAGUCACUAUGGCUCUAUUCAUGCCAACGUGGCUUCAUUCAUACAGAUGAACCAAGGAUUGGGAUAGCAGUAUAAAAUUAGAAUCAGAGAACUGAUUGCCCAGCAGGAUGCCAUCAACUAACCGAGCGGGCAGCCUGAAGGACCCUGAAAUUGCAGAGCUCUUCUUCAAAGAAGAUCCAGAGAAGCUCUUCACAGAUCUCAGAGAAAUUGGCCAUGGAAGCUUUGGAGCAGUGUAUUUUGCACGAGAUGUGCGCACCAAUGAAGUGGUGGCUAUCAAGAAAAUGUCUUACAGUGGAAAGCAGUCUACUGAGAAAUGGCAGGAUAUUAUUAAGGAAGUCAAGUUUCUACAAAGAAUAAAACAUCCCAACAGUAUAGAAUACAAAGGCUGCUAUUUACGUGAGCACACAGCAUGGCUGGUAAUGGAAUAUUGUUUAGGAUCUGCUUCAGAUUUACUGGAAGUUCACAAAAAGCCAUUACAAGAAGUGGAAAUAGCAGCAAUUACACAUGGUGCUCUCCAGGGAUUAGCCUACUUACAUUCUCAUACCAUGAUCCAUAGAGAUAUCAAAGCAGGAAAUAUCCUUCUGACAGAACCAGGCCAGGUGAAACUUGCUGACUUUGGAUCAGCUUCCAUGGCAUCUCCUGCCAAUUCUUUUGUGGGAACGCCAUAUUGGAUGGCCCCAGAAGUAAUUUUAGCCAUGGAUGAAGGACAGUAUGAUGGCAAAGUAGAUGUAUGGUCUCUUGGAAUAACGUGUAUUGAACUAGCGGAAAGGAAGCCUCCUUUAUUUAAUAUGAAUGCAAUGAGUGCCUUAUAUCACAUAGCCCAAAAUGAAUCCCCUACACUACAGUCUAAUGAAUGGUCUGAUUAUUUUCGCAACUUUGUAGAUUCUUGCCUCCAGAAAAUCCCUCAAGAUCGCCCUACAUCAGAGGAACUUUUAAAGCACAUGUUUGUUCUUCGUGAGCGUCCUGAAACAGUGUUAAUAGAUCUCAUUCAAAGGACAAAGGAUGCAGUAAGAGAGCUGGACAAUCUGCAGUAUCGAAAGAUGAAGAAACUCCUUUUCCAGGAGGCACAUAAUGGACCAGCAGUAGAAGCACAGGAAGAAGAGGAGGAACAAGAUCAUGGUGUUGGCCGGACAGGAACAGUGAAUAGUGUUGGAAGUAAUCAGUCUAUUCCCAGCAUGUCCAUCAGCGCCAGUAGCCAAAGUAGUAGUGUUAACAGUCUUCCAGAUGCCUCAGAUGACAAGAGUGAGCUGGAUAUGAUGGAAGGAGACCACACAGUGAUGUCUAAUAGUUCUGUCAUCCAUUUAAAACCUGAGGAAGAAAAUUACAGAGAAGAGGGAGAGCCUAGAACAAGAGCAUCAGAUCCACAAUCUCCGCCACAAGUGUCUCGUCAUAAAUCACACUAUCGUAAUCGAGAACACUUUGCUACUAUACGGACGGCAUCACUGGUUACAAGGCUAAUGCAAGAACACGAGCAGGACUCUGAGCUUAGAGAACAGAUGUCUGGCUAUAAGAGAAUGAGGCGGGCAGCAUCAAAAGCAAUUGAUGACUCUGGAAAUAAACUAAAGGCUGAGAUGGAUGAACAUCGCCUCAGAUUAGACAAAGAUCUUGAAACUCAGCGUAACAAUUUUGCUGCAGAAAUGGAGAAACUUAUUAAGAAACAUCAGGCUGCUAUGGAAAAAGAGGCUAAAGUGAUGGCCAAUGAGGAGAAAAAAUUUCAGCAGCAUAUUCAGGCCCAACAGAAGAAAGAACUAAAUAGUUUUUUGGAGUCCCAGAAAAGAGAAUAUAAACUUCGAAAAGAACAGCUUAAGGAGGAACUGAAUGAAAACCAGAGCACCCCCAAAAAAGAAAAACAAGAGUGGCUUUCAAAGCAGAAGGAGAAUAUACAACAUUUCCAAGCAGAAGAAGAGGCUAAUCUUCUACGACGACAGAGGCAAUACCUAGAGUUGGAAUGCCGUCGCUUUAAGAGAAGAAUGUUACUUGGACGCCAUAACUUAGAGCAGGACCUUGUGAGGGAGGAAUUAAAUAAAAGGCAGACUCAAAAGGACUUAGAGCAUGCCAUGCUACUGCGACAGCAUGAAUCCAUGCAGGAACUGGAGUUCCGUCACCUCAACACCAUUCAGAAGAUGCGCUGUGAGUUGAUCAGAUUGCAACAUCAAACUGAGCUGACAAACCAGCUGGAAUAUAACAAGCGAAGAGAAAGGGAACUAAGGCGAAAGCAUGUCAUGGAGGUUCGACAACAGCCUAAGAGUUUAAAGUCUAAAGAACUCCAAAUAAAAAAGCAGUUUCAGGACACCUGCAAAAUCCAAACCAGACAGUAUAAAGCAUUAAGAAAUCACCUAUUGGAGACAACACCAAAGAGUGAGCACAAGGCUGUUCUGAAACGGCUCAAAGAGGAGCAGACCCGGAAGUUAGCCAUCUUGGCUGAGCAGUAUGACCACAGCAUUAAUGAAAUGCUCUCCACACAAGCUCUACGUUUGGAUGAAGCACAGGAAGCAGAGUGCCAGGUUUUGAAGAUGCAGCUGCAGCAGGAACUGGAGCUGUUGAAUGCAUAUCAGAGCAAAAUCAAGAUGCAAGCAGAGGCACAACAUGAUCGAGAACUUCGAGAGCUUGAACAGAGGGUCUCCCUCCGUAGGGCACUCUUAGAACAAAAGAUUGAAGAAGAGAUGUUGGCUUUGCAGAAUGAACGCACAGAACGAAUACGAAGUCUGCUGGAGCGUCAAGCCAGAGAAAUUGAAGCUUUUGACUCUGAAAGCAUGAGACUAGGUUUUAGUAACAUGGUCCUUUCCAAUCUCUCCCCUGAGGCAUUUAGCCACAGCUACCCGGGAGCUUCUGGUUGGUCUCACAAUCCUACUGGGGGUCCAGGACCUCACUGGGGUCAUCCCAUGGGUGGCCCACCACAAGCUUGGGGCCAUCCAAUGCAAGGUGGACCCCAGCCAUGGGGUCACCCUUCAGGGCCAAUGCAAGGGGUACCCCGAGGUAGCAGUAUGGGAGUCCGCAAUAGCCCUCAGGCUCUGAGGCGGACAGCUUCUGGGGGACGGACAGAGCAGGGCAUGAGCAGAAGCACGAGUGUCACUUCACAAAUAUCCAAUGGGUCACACAUGUCUUAUACAUAACUUAAUAAUUGAGAGUGGCAAUUCUGCUGGAGCUGUCUGCCAAAUGAAACUGCCUACAGACAUCAUCACAGCAGCCUCCUCACUUGGGUACUACAGUGUGGGAGCUGAGUGCAUAUGGUAUAUUUCAUUCAUUUUUGUAAAGCAUUCUGGUUUGCGUUUACUAAUUGGGAUGUCAUAGUAUUUGGCUGCCGGGUUUUGUUUUGUUUUUUAACUUUUGGAAAAAUUUUGAAAAGGGGAAUUGAUGUGUGUAUGUAAAAAGAUUGGCUACAUUGGGGGUAUUUACUGAACAUGGAAAAAAUAGAAUGCAGCAUAGUGGCUUGAGUCAUCACUUUGGGGCAACUAUAGCCUAAGAAAUUUGGGAAAAGAUGGAAAGCCUGUCUGCAUACCCCAGAUUCUCAUGAGCCACUCACAGCAGGCAGCAUAUGCUGAAACAAGUGAUUAUGGAAACACACCUGUAUCCCCUCAUCAGUGUAUUUUCUUUAUUAAAUUGGUCUGACUUCUCAGCCUCAUUUGGAGUAAAAAAGUGGAAAUCCAUGAACACUAAAGGGUUGCAUUGACUUUUUCAGAGAGUAGAAAACAACUUAGUUCUUUUUCUGAGUGGUGCAUAGGUUUGUCAGUUUUUGUUCAUCGUUUUGUCCGUUCAAUUGUGCCUUCUUCGUGGCAUGGUGAGAUGGAGGUGUUCAAGAGAUCACUGAGUUGUGUGGGAAUUGCAUCAACAAACCUGUGAGCCUUCAAAGGGGAGACCAGAGGGUGAGAGAGGCCCUUGAAAGUUCAUGUGGUGGGUAUGUUCAGCAGCAGAGUGAGGAGAUGAAGCCUAUAUAUCCUAAUGUUUUGUUGCUUAUACUGUGAUAUCUCAUCCUAGCUAAGCUCUGUAACUCCCAAGACCCCAGACAGUACUUUUACUUUGUAUGAAAACAAAGACAUGUAGCCAAUACAAGUCAAAUGCCAGAGGCAUUUGAAUGAUGCCAUAUUUGCAAACUGCCAUCCAUUGGAAUUCUCAUCACACUACAAAGACAUAAUUUGAUUGUCCCCCCCCCCCUUUGGCUUAUGGGAUUUCCUGUUUACAAGUAGAAUAGCCAAUUAUUUAAAUGUGUAGUUGCCAUAGUGAACCAGGAGUCACUGAGCCAAUGACUUUACCAGCUGCUGACUAAUCCUCAUCACCACUGUAGAUUUUGCUGCAUGUGCAGGUCCUUCCCCCCCCCCCCCCCCCCCCCCGGCUGUUUUUGUUGCUGCAAUACUUUUACAAACUUCUAGUUCCUUGAGACUUAGUGACCAUUUGGCAUCAUGUUAACAUCACACAAUAGGAAACACCACUUCCAGAAGUCUCUAGCCUCAGUGCUAAAGUACUACUGAAAAGGAACUAGCAAGUUUGGCAAAUUAAAAAAGAAAAAAAAAAAAAAGUUAAGUUAUAGUGGUCAGGGAAUCUCUUAACAAAAGCUAACUUUUUUUCCCAGAGAGGGGCAUAUUUUGUUUUGUUUUGUGUUUUGCAAUGAAGGAUCAACCCAGUGCUAAAAGUCAGAUGUUACUUGGUAUUCCACAGCCAGUGUGGAAAUUGAGUUGAAGGUGGGUAAGGAGCUAUGAGUAUGACUUGAAGGAAAAAAAUGUCCUUUCCAGUGAGAUCAGCAUUUCUUACAAGUUAUUGUCCUGCCCCCUCCCCAGUUGUCUUGAAUAACCCUUGCUGCUAACUCUGGGUCCUACUUUUCAUGUGGUCAGAGGGCUCCAAGUUAGAAUUCUGUAAGUCCCUCUCAAUGGUACUCUUCACCUAGACCUGACUAAUGACCAAACAGUAAUCUAGCACUGUUGAAAUCUUGGUUUUGUCAGCCAAAUUUAAGUCUUCCCCACAUACGUCAUCUUAAUCUCCAUGAAUCCCCUCUAGGUGUUUCUGGCAUUUCAUUUAAAGGUAACUGGAAGAAAAAUUAAUAUUUUAACGCAAAUCUUUUUAAAACCAAGAUAACAGUAGAAUUCACACUCAGUUGUAGGCAGUGUUUCGGGUAGUACUUAGAUACAUUGCCCUUUUGGCCAUGUUCAAGAUUACCAGUUUUUAAGUGAACAUAACAUGCACUUGUCCUAUCUAAUGAAAGGGGCUUUUAAUUUUCUCAAUAUCUUUUUUUGCAUUAAAAUAUACAGUAUUUCUAACAAAUUGAGAAAUGUACCUGUUUGGAGGAAAAUGAUAGGAGAGGUCUUUAAAAUUAAAAUUAAUUAAAUGUCCAAAAAUGUGAUGGAAUUUGAUACCUUUUAAAAAACUAUUCAGGCUGGCCCAUCUGUACUACUGGAGGGGUGGAUUAGGGGAACAAAUCAAUUUUGUAUAUAUAACUCUUGAAAAUCCAAAACACUACCAGUGAUUCAUGUUAAAGUCUACUUGUGGACUUGAGUUAGUCAAAUUGAGUUACUGAGUUCAUAUAUACUUGUAAUUGUGAUUGAAUACUGACUCCAAAUGUCUAUCCAGUAGGGCUUUGUAUCUUGAUAUGUGUGGCAACCAGUUUUACAUGUAGGUCAUGACUAUACUGGAUUAUUCCAUUAAGUUAAUUUUAAUUAAAAUAUUUAUAGUUUGCAAAAAUAAUUCCAACUAAUUGGUUUGUGUGUGUUUGUAAGAUCUAACUUCUGAGGAAUCUCAUAUUUGGUAGGAAUCAUCAAAGAGUAAAGCUUGUAGCAGAAAAAUUGGAAAGGUUUUGAGAGAUCCUAGAGAAAGAAGCAGGCACUUUCUGAAUCGGUGUACAAAUGUCAACAUUUGAUCAAAUUAAUACUACCUCCUCCCCAGUGUUGGUGUUCACUUGGUAUAUAUGUAUUUAAGAAAAUAAAAAGUAUGGGAAAUUUGUCCAGCAUAUCAGAAAGUUGCAAUGCUAUAUCUGGUAUCCAGAACUUGGCAGUAAAAUGUUUCUUGUGUUCACUGUCUCUCCUUUUUUUUAAGUUAGCAUUUUAAAAAUGCAAAACCUCAUACUUUGAAAUAUAUUAUUGCUAAUUGGGUUCCUUUCCUUUUGCACAUACUUUCUCUGUUCUUAUUAAACUUUGCUCUAACCCCAAAUUAUAGUAUUUGAAAGUAUUUUCAUUGAUACAGAUAAUGUUAGCUGGAAAAUGUGUUUAUAUAACUUUUAUUUAGAGCUGCCAUUCUUUUUAGUCAUUUCUGUGCCUACAGAUGAAUAGUACUGCGUUUGAACCACCCCCACAGGUAUAAUAUGCUUGGUACCCAAGGCCAAGGAUUUUUUGGUGAAUUGAACUUUAUAGCAUAGUCAUGAUUUUCAGCUGCCUAGACUUAAGUCAAGACCAUUGAGUACACUAAAACUGUCCUUGACACUUCCUCCUAUUUUUCCUCACCCUCUAUCUAAAAAUUGAAAACUCUAUGAGUAUGUUUUUCAGACCAUAAGGCAGACUUUAGUAACUUUCUACUUCUUUAAGUACUAAAUGUCUGGCAUUUUAAACUUUUAUAGAAUACAUUGUGUUGGACACUGGAAUAAUACUGUUUAUUUUCACCUGUGAAAAAUAUUGUACUUGAAACACCUCCUUUGCAUUUCUCCAUGUGUGCCAUUCACUAGUGGAAAUAAAUUGUAUUAUACCAUGAUCUACUGGCUUUUUAAAACUGUGUUAAAUAUGCACAUUUUGGUAUAGCUAUUAUCAUUUGUAUGUAUAUAUUGUAUAUACAUAUGAGUGUCUAUAUGUGUGUGUAGAUAGGUGGAUGUAAUUCAUACUGUACAUUUCCAUCAGGGCGCUUAAGGUUCUGUUAUUUUGUUUGUUACUUCAGUCCUCAGUUAAGGCAAGAAUGCAUGUGUUUCUUAAGAAUGAGUAUUCUGGGUUGAUAUUUAUGAGAAGGUGGUCAUUAGAUGCAAUCUUUUCUUUUUUACUCCGUUCUUAGCACUUGCGUGGGUGGUAAGAAAGUUAAGUAAAUGUGGAACCAUAAGUUACAAUCCAGUAAAAUGUUGCUGGGGAAGGAGCCAGUCAGUGUUUCUGUGAGUUUGUGUUGUGACGCAAUAAAAGAUAAGUGAUGCAGAGAGAAAUGAACCAUGGAAGUUGAAAAUACUGGUGGUGAUUCCUCUGCAAAGAUGAUGAAAAGAACCAGGAAGUCGCAGCCUCCAUGUGCACAAUCUAAACGUGAUUUUUAGGAGCGAUGCCAUUGAUCCUCUUACUCUUUUUACUCCACUGAUACUAAUACUUACAAAUUUUGUUAAGGACUGAAACAGCCAAGAAAGGAAUUACUGCUAAAGCAUCUAAGGUUCUCCUAAACUGUGAGAUCAACAGGAAAUGGCCACUGGGAGAGAAGGAUACGGUAUCGGUGUGGGGCUUUCUCCCUUGAUCUGCCCUCUCUUGCUUGCUAAUAGUAAGUUCUUCGUGCACCUUCCAGCCCUUCUGAGCCACUGCUAUUAAGCACAGAUUUGGCCCAACACAGCAAGCCUUUCCUGGGAAGUUUAUAUGGUCCUGCAUUCUAUCCCAUGCUCACAAUGUGAAGUGUUUAGUGUGUAUUCGAGUCAGAAAAUAAUAUAUUUAAGGCGUAUAAGUGUGAAUCUCCUAUUAACGAUGGAAGAAGAGGUUCUUGUUUCUUAGAGAACUACCUUCUCUAAGGAACAAAGCCAAAACUCGGGCUGUCAUCUUUGAGCUGCUUACCAAAAUACAGAUCAUUAUUAAAGAGAAAUGAAUUAUCUCUGUUUUGUUUUUCCCUCAUCUAACGUGAUAGUGCCCCCAACCAAGUUGUAGCAUUGCCUUUGAGAAGGCACUCACUCACUCCUAGUUAAGAACUGGAAAUUUCCCAUCCUCAUGAAGACUGUGCUGUACACUUAGCAGACUUGCCUCUUGUAUGCAGGGACUACUGAUUGAAGUCUAUUUUGCUGUGUGUGUGGUUAUGUUGUCUGCACUUUUAUGAAAUCACCACAAUAGGUCUACAUUGGAAAUGACUAUUAAUUUGUAAGGAAGUAAGUUUUAUUUAAACACUGUCUAGAGCAAGAAAGUGAAGCUGAGAACUCUUCCGUUAAUGUAUAUUUAUAUUUUCUACUGAAUUCUGGUAGCCCCCUUAAAGUCAUGUUGACUAAUUUUUCCCUCGUUUAUAUUCAGAUUUCCAAAUUUCACUCACACAAGGGAAGAAAACCCAUUUGGCUUAAUGAUAGCUUUCAGAUUGUAAGAAAUAUAAAUUAGUAUGCACCUUAUCUGCCUGUUGUGGGUUUCUUAAACUUGCACUUCCCUCCCACCUACCCAAAAAUAGAUAUCCUUUAAAGAAAAUAAAGGCAGAGAAUUAAAACUGGGGAGCCACUUACUAUGUCACCAUCACUGUUAACUUGUUUCCCAGCAAUUCUUUUUGAAGUUUCAGAGAUAUUUUUUUGUGUGUAUGUAUGUGUCUUUCUGAUUGCUUCGGGUUUAUUUUUUGAAUUUAAAUAUACGAGAGAUUCUUCUUUAGUAGAGAAAAAAGUUAAUCCUCUCUGAAACAGGAUGCCCACUGGGUAUACCAACUUGGACAUCUGUAGGUAGUUUGCCAUGAAAAAGUGGAGAGAAGAUGAGACUUCUGAAUGAAUGAAAAGGGUGUCUUGAUGCCCAUGGAUUCCCCCCAAAGUACGGGUAAUUCAGCCUGCACAGUUUCCUUUUCACUCAUAGUUUUUUAGCAAUUAUGAGUGAAAAAUCAUGUAAUUAUCUGUAAAUAUGUAGCUAACAAAUUGACCUAGUUUCUGUAUUUUUUUGUUUUUGUACUAAAGUUUAUAAGUCUGUGCCAGCUAGAGAGGAGUUGAUGUCAUUGCCAGUUGUGGUCUUAGCAUUUAAUCCUGAAACCAUCCUAGGGGACAUUUUUAGAAUUAAUGCUUAAAUGUUGUUAAACAGGGGAAAAUAAAGCUUAAUCAUUGGUCAGGUUUUACAUCUUUUGAAGCAAAGUCAUUUUAUUUAAUAUAAUGAUUACAUGUUUUCAAUCAUGAAUGAGGUAGGGAGACUCCCUCCCCCAGUGGCCAUGUUUACAGACGUGUGUUUUGUCUAUAAAGUGCAAGAGUUUUAAUGUUUAUGUAAAUUAUGCAGGUGAUAACAUUAUGGCUUGGAACUGUUUAUUGGGCUCUGUAGCUGAAUUUUCAAAGGAAAUGAACUAUGCUAACUGCUGGCACAUUGAUCCCGCUUCCGAGGCAUUUUUCCUGUUUCCUGAAUUACAUAUGUUCCUUUGUCAUUAUCCCCACUAAACCUUUCUCUGAAAUGCCUUGUAGCCUAAGGUGUGAAAGGCUGGUAAACACAGACGAGGGAAAUGCAUUUUUAAAAAUCCGUGAGCCCUCUUUUGUGUGCAUUCAGUACUCCUGUGUUUCAGUGGCAACCCUGAGGUCAGUGGAGAAAUGAGAUUUUAGAAAUGAGACCGCUGUUAACAAAAGUGUGUAUUCUUUGCUUUUGCAUGGCUUGGCUUAGCUUCAAAGAUGUAUUAGGGCCACUUGAAAGCAUGAAGACCAGUCUUGUGGGAACAGGUUUCUCUCAGUGGCACAUUUUGCUUCUUCUGAGCCCUCAAAUACAUUGCCUCAGCAUGAACAUUAUUGUUAUUAUAAAUUGCACAUGGUCAUGGAGUGAAUUAUGUGAUUUAAAGAUGUAACUGCUUAAUGUUUUCAGAUUCUGGCUGGUCCAUGUGACUGUUUGGCACAUAUCAAACAGGGGUUGGGGGUCCUGAAACCCUUCUAACCCCCUUUUUGUCGUAGACAACUAUGUUUAGUUUAUUAAGAUGUUGGCUGCCCCUGGUGUGUUGCCAGAUAGCUCUUUUUUGGUGCCCAUUCCAAAUGUGCUUCCUUGCGUUUCAUAAUAUCAAAAAAACACCACCCCUUCUCCCCAACAUUUUAUGUGUUACACCUUUUAUUCCACAUUAAAUGGGAAUUGUGCCUAUUUAGAGUUGCCCCACCAAUUAGUUACAUAUAUGUGUUCUAAAAUAAUCCAAGCCAGAGAUACAAGGUGGAAAAAUUUAAAAAAAAAAAAAAUUCCACUUGAGGCCAGUAAUUUAUCUGACAAGAUAUAUUUUACCACAUUAUCUUGACACUUGAUAUAUGAGCCUAAUAGGAGUUGCAGGUGGUUUCAUAGGGCAAAAUCCAAGUGGAGAGGAUAUGUGGGAUUAUUAGAAGACAAUUUUCUGAUUUUACCUUUCCUUUUAUGAUCCUUCUCUGCUAGUUUAGAAUAGGUUAAUUCUCCAAACUUAUUUAGUUUUGUUUUUUAUCUUUUAGAGAUUUUUACAAAAGCAAUGAUCUGAUGUAAAUAACAUUUUAAAGUAAUAGUGCACAUAACUUUCCCAGACAAUUCCAACCAGAUAAUUUUGUAAGUGCUUUAGAGUUUUUUAAAUUAACACUUGUGUUGCUAAAUCCUAUUUAUGUAAGUCUGCUAAAAUUUUUAACCCAUUUAAAACUUAAGACAUUUAAAUAAUGGAUGGGUUACUCUGAGCAAUCUAGCUUUCAGAACCCCCUUGUUUUAGUAUAUGAAAAAGAUAGCCUAAUGCGCAUUAAUGAGGUUGGAGAGACUUUGAGAAAUAUGUAUAGUGUAUAUUUUAAAACAGCUUUGCUUGUAUUGUGAAGAUUUAAAAACAAACUUGAGAUUUUUAACGUUAACUAUUAACACAGUUUUAACAUAAGUUAUCCCACUGGGUUUAAGAGCAUCUUGAAUGUAUAAUCCUUUUUGUAACCCAGGUUGGUUUCUGCUUUCACCAGUCAUCCAAACAUAUUAUUUAUGUUUUUAGUUUUAUAUACUCAUUUCCCUGUUUUCCUCAACCAGCAUGAUUUUUUUGCACAUGUAUUGUAGAAAUUUUUAAAAAGAAAAGUUAAUACAUUGUUUUCUUUGAAUUUUCUUCACUUCUCUCUUCCUUUCUACUAACUCCUUACCUUAAAGGCCAUAUCGCUCCAUUUGCAUUAUUUGUGCAAAUGCCAGGGUUGGUUUUUAUUUUUAUUUUUGCUAUUUACCUAAAGGAAAAAAAAAAAAGAAAAAUGCUUCAGUCAAUUGCUUUUUUAUUUAAAAAAGAAAAAAAGAAAAGAAAAAAAGCUGUAACCUUAUCAUUUCUGAGUAGACCAUUGAGAGAUGAAUGCACACCUGUACUAGCCCAGGACCAGCUUUGGUGGCUGAAGGGAAUAUUUUAACUAAGCAAGAAGUUCUUUUCUAAAAGUGGUAUGUAUUAUUCACAAUCUCUUUCAGUUAUUCCCACAAGUCAGGGGUCCAGAUAAAAUGAGGGUUAUCAGCUAACUGAUACGUUAUCAUUGAGGUUCAUCAAUGAAUUUGUACAUUUCUAGUUCCCUUUGGUGAAGGGAAAAAUGACGAUUUUGCAAGACCUAGAUUUUGGCUUGGUUUCUUGCCUCCUUUUUUGGCAGCCUUCAUCUUCUCAUCUCCCAAAGCCCUUGAGCCUGUAGGGUUUUUGUGGUACACAAAGGACUUGUGGUCUUUUAAAACUAGGACUGAUAUUUUGGUGUGAGAGAUUAUCGUAUUGAAAGUGAUGUUCUGCCACUUUACCAAUGACUAAUUUUAAAUACACACAGUCCUCUCAAUUUUCGGACCAAACAGACGCCCACAGUGGAGGCUUAUCAAGGGUUGCAAUGGGGAAGAAGCCUCUCCCUCACUGUCAGCACCAGCUGGUAAAGGUGACUGUACAGAUGUGCAUUUUCCUUUUGGUAGAAAUGGUCCGCAGCACUAACUGGUAAGGCUUAUUGUACAGUAUAUUGUCAGUAUUCUUCUGGUUCAACAUACCUUAUAGUUCAUAUAUAACCUGUAUUAAUUGUAUAGAUUGUGCAUUUAAAGCUGUUACCAAGUUGUCAGAACAUAAGAGCGAAAACAAGGUCAUAUGUAAUAUUUUGUUUGUAAGUAUCCUUUGUAUCAUAGCAAAGGAAAUGUUUAAAAAAAUCAACUGUAAUAAAGUAAUUUUAGUACACAGA